AUGUCUACACCUUUGCCCAGAUCCUUGCAGACCCUUCUGGAUAUUGGCAUCGUCCAGUCAGCUGCAUCGGACCGUGCCGAUCCCCUAGCUCCCGUGCCUAUCAGGGAUGGCCCUGCAGCACUUAGUGGCUCUCUCGCUGCAUCAAACCAGGUCGUCCCCAUCCCACCACGGUUCGUUGCUCCCAGGCCCAACGCACCCAACGGCCCCGAUGCUGCCCCUGCCACGCAGCCCCCUCUCUUCUGGAAGGCCAUUGGUCUGUGCCUCAAGAGCAAGUUCACCAGCUCUGGUAGCCUGUCCGACGAUCACCGCGCAAUCUUCUUUGGCGACCCAGGACAGCUUGGCGUUCUCGAAGGGCUUGGAUGUCCUCCCGAGGUGACAAACUAUCAGCUCUUCACCUAUGGAGAUAUCAUGCAACGUGUCAACUUUCCAACUUUCAGGUUGUCGGGACGUUCCUACUUUGACUUUGUCGACUUGUACUUGGAAAAUGUCGGAGAAGAGAAUGAAUCGCCCGAACUCGUACAAAGUCGCGAGAACCUGAUCGCAGCCAAAGGCAGGAAAGACACAGUCUUCCGCAGCCACCUACAGGCUCAGAGCUCGAAGACCAACAAUUCCUUGAUCGAUGCCAUUCGCAGCAAGGGCAAUUACAGUGCCGCGUGGCAGACAGAGAAGACCGCCCAGCAGGCUCUUGCCGACCUCCGGGCUCCGUCAUUGAGCAGUGCCUCCGCCCAACUCGAAGUUGUUCGACUUGCCGAUAUGCGCCUUGAACCCCAGAAAGGCAACAACAUGCCGGUGAUCACGGUUGAUCAAGACUGGCUGCAGAUGGCUUUGCACGACCUAAAUCACAGCAUCAAAGACCUAGUUGACCCCACCACUGUCUUCUAUCAACCUUUGUACACCUUGCCGUUCUAUGAGGUCACCACCGAUUACUGGAUCAAAGCCAGUGUCGCUUCGACCGACAUGGUGCGCGACGGACCGUAUCAGAUACCUCUGGCUAACGUCUGGGAUCGUCUUUGGGCUGAUCUUGGGCAUCCGUUGCUCGACCAGGCAAAGCCUCAUGAGAAGCUGACGGACGACCAGAAGAAGUUCAUCAACUCGCUAUCCGCCACGCUGACCUUCAUCCAAAAGCCCUAUGCUGGAAACGUCAGCCGGGGCCUGUGGGACGUCAGUGACAUCCGCAGCAUGUUUCCGCUGCAGCCCAACGCCCCAAAGAGUGUCAAGAACCCGGUCUGCAAGACCUCGAAGCUGAUACUCACGUGGGGCAUCGAGAUAGAACUGACUAUCCCAGAAGUCAUUUCUCUGGACGAAAUCGCCAACACCACGUUGGCGAUCAUGGACUUGCCGCUGAAGCGUGUCGCUGGAAGCAGUAACAAACUGGUGUUUUCCGCUGGGAAUGAUGGGUUCCCAAUCCUUAUGGGGGCUCUUGCAGAUGUAGUCUAG